AUGUCAUUAUGGAUAAACAGAUUUUACAUAUAUUUGGGCUUUGCUGUUGGCAUUGGCCUUUGGAUUUGUGUCCAGAUUGUCAUCAAGAAGCAGGGUAAGAAUUCACAGGAAAAAUCUGUUCCCAAAGUCCCUUGGGAUCUGAUGACAAGUGGUUCCGCUUCCAAUCAGAAGAAGGAUGUGUUUGUGUCUGAAGUGAAGAUUUUCUAUGGCUCUCAGACUGGAACAGCAAAGGGAUUUGCGACAGUUCUUGCUGAAGCUGUCACUUCCCUUGGUCUGCCUGUGGCUGUUAUUAACUUGAAGGACUAUGAUCCAGACGAUCAGCUAGUGGAAGAGGUUAGCAGUAAGAGCGUCUGUGUCUUCUUGGUUGCUACGUACACCGACGGCCAGCCCACUGAGAGUGCUCAGUGGUUCUGCAAAUGGUUGGAGGAGGCAUCCAGUGAUUUUCGGUUUGGCAGAACUUACCUGAAGGGUCUGAGGUACGCUGUGUUUGGCCUGGGAAAUUCUGCCUACUCGAGCCACUUUAACAAGGUUGGCAAAAAUGUCGAUAAGUGGCUUUGGCUGCUCGGAGCCCAUCGUGUGCUGACUCGAGGGGAGGGCGACUGCGACGUGAUUAAGAGCAAACACGGCAGCAUUGAAGCUGACUUUAGUGCUUGGAAGACCAAGCUCGUCGCCCGGCUGCAGGAGCUUCGUCAAGGAGAGAAAAAACCAUGUGGUGGCAGCUGCAAGAAGGGGCACUGCGAAUCCGGUCAGCACGGCUCGGAGCGGCGAGAGUCGCCGCCUCACAGAGACACUGAGGAGGAAGUGCCCUUCGAGAGCAACAGUGAGGAGGAAUGUGGGGCCGAGGAACGGCACAGUCUGAAUCCUGUCGUUGACGUUGAGGAUCUUGGCAACAUUGUGGAUCGUGUGAAGAAAGAAAAGAAGCAGCAGGAGUGGCGGGAGGAGAGAAGCAGAUUGCUCCGGAGCACGGAGGAGAAGGAAGACGGUGAAGGGAGAGCCAUGAUCACGCCCGCUCUCCGGGAAGCCCUCACCAAGCAAGGAUAUCAGCUGAUUGGGAGCCACUCCGGGGUAAAGCUUUGCAGGUGGACCAAGUCAAUGCUUCGAGGGAGAGGCGGUUGCUAUAAACAUACAUUUUAUGGCAUUGAAAGCCAUCGCUGCAUGGAAACCACUCCUAGCUUGGCGUGUGCAAAUAAAUGUGUCUUCUGUUGGCGGCACCACACUAAUCCAGUGGGCACUGAGUGGCGGUGGAAAAUGGACCGGCCUGAGAUGAUCUUAAAAGAAGCCAUCGAAAACCAUCAGAACAUGAUUAAGCAAUUUAAAGGAGUACCAGGCGUGAGAGCAGACCGCUUUGAGGAGGCCAUGAAGGUCAAGCACUGUGCUUUGUCCCUGGUGGGAGAACCAAUCAUGUACCCAGAGAUCAACAGGUUCUUGGAGCUCCUCCACCAGUGCAAAAUCUCCAGCUUCCUGGUCACAAAUGCACAGUUCCCCGCGGAGAUCAGGAACCUCAAACCAGUUACCCAGCUUUACGUCAGUGUGGAUGCUAGCACCAAAGACAGCCUGAGGAAAAUCGACCGCCCACUCUUCAAAGAUUUCUGGCAAAGAUUCCUUGGCAGUUUAAAAGCAUUGGCUGAAAAGCAACAACGAACGGUCUACAGACUGACGCUCGUGAAAGCAUGGAACGUGGAUGAGCUCCACGCCUACGCCAAGCUGGUGGCCAUCGGGAAUCCUGACUUCAUCGAAGUGAAGGGUGUGACCUACUGUGGAGAGAGUUCAGCAAGCAGCCUGACAAUGGCCAAUGUGCCCUGGCACGAGGAGGUGGUGCGCUUUGUCCAUGAAUUGGUGGACCUCCUCCCCGACUAUGGCGUCGCUUGUGAACACGAGCACUCCAAUUGCCUCCUGAUAGCGCACAAAAAGUUUAAGAUUGAGAGAGAAUGGUGGACGUGGAUCGAUUAUAACCGCUUUCAGGAGCUCAUCCAAGAAUACGAGAAUAGCGGUGGGUCAAAGACUUUCAGCGCGAAGGAUUAUAUGGCCAGAACUCCUCGGUGGGCAUUAUUCGGUGCCCAUGAAAGAGGCUUUGAUCCCAAGGACACAAGAUAUCAGAGAAAGAACAGAUCAAAGGAUAUUUCUGGAUGUUGA